AUGUCGACUCCUACGACCGACCCCCGACUGACAGUUGGUCCCAUUCUCGUGGGGUCACUCGCCUCAUUCAUGUUCUUCGGCGGAUAUUUCAUUCAAGCUUUUAGCUAUACCCAGGACGCUCUCAACGCCACGCACCAGCAGAAGCGAUUUCACAUCCUCGGUGAGGACAAAGCGAUACAUCUAUUGGGCCCUGCGACGCCAACACUGGUUUUGAAAGUGGCAUUCGUUACCCUCCUGGAAAUCGCCAAUUUAUCGAUGAUAUUCCACUCUGUAUGGCAUGCCUUUAUCAUGGCGUUCAGAGACCCCGCCCUUGCUACCGUUCCAGCCACGAGUGGACCCGCACUCCAAAUGAUGAACGGCGUUGUCGCCUGCACCGUCCAGGCCUUCUUCGGCUGGCGAAUCUGGGUUCUUUCCUCGAAGAAGAUCGAGAAGGGAUUGUCGGUGAUGAUCACCUUGCUUGCGGUCUCGGGGCUCGCGCUCGCCAUCGGUGUGGCUACGCAGUUUAUUUAUCUAAUCAGCGGCCGUGCACCCACAGCGAACGUGAAUGUCCUUGCUGGACUCCAACUUUCGUUUCACCUCGUCUGUGAUGCGUUGAUUACCCUCUCGAUGAUCAUGGUGUUUGCGGGAUACAAAGAACGUAUUGCAAUUACUGAAACGAAGAAUCUUCUGAAUGCGCUUACCAUGAAUACGCUCGAGAAUGGCCUUGCAACUACUGUGGUCGCUUCCCUUAACCUCGCCUUCUUCUUAGCCAGACCCGGUGACAUGAUCCAUGCCGCCUUUCACUAUCUCAUCGGGAGACUUUAUGCCAACGUUCUCCUCGCGAGUCUCAACAACCGACGUCGCAUGGGCUCUUCACACUCGAGGAAUACACACACGACUUCCAGCCAUUCGAUUUCCAUCAAUCACCGAAACCCUACCAUGCGCUUUGGAAUCGGGAUGACUACGCUGGGUCCUUCGAACCACAGCAAGCGGGCUUCACGUAUCGUCUCCGGCGGUUCCGUUCACGACCAGGACAAAAGUAGUCCGGACGUGUUGAUCUCUGUAUCUAAGGAAGUGUACAUUAGGGAUCAGUAA